AUGCGACCUUCGUCAUCGCAUACGACUCGAGUGCCGCCCGACGACCCUCAACCAGACGACAAUGGCCAACACUCUCGCUCACGUUCCCGCCUGCUGACACACCACGCAUACGACUCGGACUCGGACUCGGACUCGCACUGCUCUAGCAGCAGCAACAACGACUCGCUCUCGCGGCACCAACCUGCUCGCUCUCGUCUUCUUUGCCGCCCUGCCGGCGCGUUUUCCCCAGCCAGCACCGCCGCCCGCAUGACGGCUACCUCGGUAGAAGGGCCCGGCGCGCCUUCGGCCAGUCGCCAUUCUCAGUCUGCUCGCCCAUCCUCGCGACCCGAGCACGAUGCCCAGUCGGACGUCGACAUGACCGACAGCGACGUCCAAGCCUCGGAGACUGAAUUCGAAGCUGGUGGCGCUCCGCUGGCUUUGAAUGCCCCGACUCGCGACCACCAUGCCACCAACAUCAUGCCCACACGGGAAUCGGAUCCCGAAUCUCUGUCCGAUGCGGAUUCGGAAGACCAUGACCAUGACGAGGAUGACGAGGAGGAUGACGACGACGACGACGACGACGACGAUGGCGAUGGCGAUUAUGAUAGUGACGAUGACAUGCCAUUCCCUCAAAAUUAUCCAAAUACUCUACCACCGAUGACACCCAUGCCACCUGCGCCUUUGUUCCCGCAUCCAGGCAAUGCCUUCCUUUUCCAGACGCCCCCUCCGAACAUGCCCUUCAACCAGUUAACACUGCCGCCUCAACCAAUGAACUUUGCCAUGCCCACUGGUCCUACCGACCUAGCCAACUUGCCGCCGCUGCCACAACCACCAACCAACUGGGUCAAUAUACCGGCAUUCUUUGCCGACCAAAAUCUGGCUAUUAGCAAUGGUAUCUCCAGUAUACUGGGAUCCGAGAAUCUUGACAUGGCCGACUUCUUACGUGACUGGGCCUACCAGGGUCGCUAUGGCCGCGCUGCGCGAUCGCAACCCCCUCUGCUCGACGAGCUCAUGCGCCAAACGCAAGAGCAGCCUGACGAAAUCGACUAUGAUCAGCUCAAAGGCGACCAAUAUGACUUGCAAGGCCUGGAUUGGGCUUCCAUGGAAACUACACGCAAGGCUGCCCGAUUGCGACGCCAAUAUACCUAUCGAAACUAUGUCAACAGAAUGGGGUCUGACAAAUGGAUGUUGCCUCGCGAAACGCUGUCCUCUCGCGAGAGCUUCUACAGAUUCAAGAGAAUGAACAUUCGAAAAGACGUCUCCCUGGCUCACUUUCAGCUUCGUAGUGCUCUCGCCUGCCCAACCCGCACCCACGCCUAUUAUCCCACACCCCAGGGCAUCGCACGCAUGAAUUUGGCAUCUAGAAAAUCCGAAACUUUCAUGAACACGCGAGACUUCCCGGCUGCUGGGGCCGUCAUAUCCACUCUUGAUGCUGAUUGCGGCGUCCUAAUGUGCGGCACCUUCAAUGGCGAGUAUUACAUCAAAAGCCUUGAUACUACAGAAAAGCAGGGGUAUUCGGAGGGUCAAAUCACUUCUGAUCCCGGCGGUAUUACCAAUCACAUCAAGAUCCACAAACCACGACGCUCCUGUGGCCCCGCAGCUGCCAUAGCGAGUAACGAUCACGGAUUCCGACUGCUAGACCUGGAGACGCGAAAAAUCGUGCAGGAAACGAGGUAUCCGUUUGCCCUCAACUGCACAGCUGUAUCCCCGGACCGACGACUGCGAGCCGUGGUAGGCGAUCACUUUAAUGUCCUCAUCACCAAUGCCGACACGGGCGAAGUGUUGCAGGAGCUUGGAGGCCACCGCGACUACGGCUUUGCCUGUGACUGGUCCGACGACGGCUGGACCGUUGCCACUGGCUUCCAAGACAUGGCUGUGAAGAUCUGGGAUGCCAGACGCUGGUGCAACUCGAGCGGCAUCUCGACGCCGCUGUGUACGGUGCGCACGGAGAUGGCGGGGGCUCGUAGCCUGCGUUUCUCUCCCCUCGGAAGCGGCCCGCCCGUGCUGGUCGCCGCCGAGGAGGCCGAUUUUGUCAACAUUAUCGACGCCAAGAUGUUCCGCUUCAAGCAGGAGAUUGACGUCUUUGGCGAGAUUGGCGGCACUGCCUUUGCAAAUGACGGGCAGGACCUCAACGUUCUCUGCUGCGAUACGCACCGUGGUGGCCUCUUGCAGCUGCAGCGCUGCCGUGGCCGACGCGGCUUUAUGCGCAGCUACGACGAAGAAGACAUGGCGAACCGCCACUCGUGGCUUCCAGAUACCGAUUCGACGCCCGCCAUGCACGAAAUCCCCCCCUUCUUCUAG